AGUAAGAGAGAAGAACGGUGGAGUGAAAACUUGAGAAACUUUGAGUUUGGACGAACGUUCGAUGCCAGCUGUGUCAUGAAUGCCGACUGGGCUGACCGAAUCACAUAGAUGUCAGAAGACAACGACACCACGUCGGCCAUGUCGCAAAUACCCGGUUUACCACCCCUACCCCGGUGUUUUAGCGGCUUGUUAGGGUCGGACAGUUCCCAGUGGCGAGAGACGGAAAAGAUGCACACUUUAAAAGCAAACCUGUUAGAGGAACUGGCUCAAGAGUCUCUUUGUGAGGCGGACCAGGGUGAAAGUGGCCCCCACCCACUACAAACGUUGUGAACGGUGAGGUGGAGUCUCCGAUCUCUACCCCUCAUCCAAUAUCAUCAUUUUCAAGACUCAACGCUUCACUCACAACUCUAAGGAGAGAAAUGGUGGACCUGCGGCAGCUGGAUAUGUCAUUGUUGUGUCAGUUGUGGUCACUACACGAAGCCAUCCAAGAGUACAAGGCGGUCAUGCAGGACCGGUACUCCGAGACAAACUCUGAGUGUUCCUUCGGGACGGGGAUGUCCAGCAGAGUGGGCUCCUUCUCCAGCCUCAACGACGACAGCGACUGGAACGACCAGGACUACCACAUGCAGCCCGAACCGGACUACCAUCUGGCAAACUCCAUACACAGCAGCACGUCCAGCCUCCUCCAGCAGAUCAACCAGCUGAAGGAGAGAGUUGAUGCAGAGUUCUGAUGCUGGCAUGCAUGUGAUGACUUUACCAUCACACAUGUCAUAUUGUGGUUCAGAUACAGGAUUAUUGUAUGUGUUAUUCACUGUCUGGGUGUGAUGUGUUGUAUAGUGCUUGGAUAGGCCAGCAGUGUUCAUGUUUGAAGACUUCCAAGAUGUGUGUGGAUAUCAGGAUUUCAAGCCCCCAUGCAGCUUUGUUUGGCCUCAGGAGAUUUGCCUUAACUGAAACUGGACUGGCGUGAGAAUAACUCUUCACAUGUCUUGGUCAUGCAACUAUGCAAAAUUUACAUAUGACGAUAAUCUAGGAUUCCUAUUGGUCCACAUUCUACAGUGUGCUGCUGUUGGUCACUCAUUGGUCCAAUUUGCCCAGAACAAGUUUUGUCAUUUUACAGACAG